GUGAAAUCGUUCAGACAGCUAAGCAGGGAAGACCAGAAGAUAACAGUUGAAGCAAUCAAAAAUGUCUGAGAACCCAAAACGUGUAGCUGUCAUUGGCGCAGGUGUGGCAGGACUGAGUGUCCUCAGAAAUCUCACUGAUACAAGCAAGAACUAUAUCCCGACAUGUUUUGAAAGAGGAAGUGACAUAGGUGGUGUCUGGGUGUAUAACAAAAACACCCAUAUCGAUGAAAAUGGAAUGCCAGUUUUCACAAGCAUGUAUCGGGAUUUAAUGACCAAUAUUCCAAAGCAAUUGAUGGCUUUUCCGGACUUUUCGUAUCAACCUGGGCCGUCUUACAUAUCACGACCCGAUGUGUGCGACUAUUUACAAAGAUACGCUGACAAAUACGACCUCAGACAGCAUAUAAAGAUGAACACGUUUGUUCAAACUGUUCGUCCCAAUGGCAAAGAAAGAGAUACGAAAUGGACUGUUAGCUAUUUCGACGUGAGGAAAAAAGAUGAGGUUCACAAAGAAGUUUUCGAUAACGUUAUUGUGUGCAGCGGUCACCAUGAGAAACCCUAUUCGCCGGAGGUCGACGGACUCGACAAAUUCAAAGGCGAAGUCCUCCAUAGUCAUAACUACAGGAUCCCGGAGUACUUUAAGGACAAGAAAGUUGUUAUACUUGGAGCUUCAUUUUCUGGACAGGAUUUAGCCGUUGGGAUAUCGCGGUAUGGAAAAAAGGUUUUCCUCAGUCAUGUGAAGGACCCCCUUCUGACAGUACUGCCAGCAAAAGUGGUGGAAAAACCAGGAAUCAAACAUAUGACUGAAAGUGGGGUAGUUUUCCUCGAUGACACCAAUGAAGAAGUGGAUGUUCUUCUGUUCUGCACUGGUUACCGAACUCAUUUUCCCUUUCUGUCCAAAGACGUAUUGCAAAUUAACUGCCAGCGCGUUACACCAGUGUACAAGCACAUUGUGCACAUUAAAUUCCCCACCCUGUUCUUUGUCGGUAUUCCAAAACUUCUGAGUUAUUUCCCACAAAGCUUCGAAAUAGCAAAAGCUAUAGUUGCCAUUUUGAAUGGUACUGUCAUACUACCGUCAGAAGACCAGAUGUCGGAUGAUGCCGAAAACGAUUUCGCCCAGAGAAAGAAAGAGGGGCUGGAUGACUCUCAAGCUCACUUCAUGGGGGAUGGAGAUCGUCAAUGGCGCUUCAACAAGGAUAUAGCAAAGAUGGCAGGGCUCGAUCCUCUCCCUACUUCUUUUCAGCGUCUCUGGGACUACGUAAUAGUUCAAAGAGAUCAUCAUUUCCUCACUUUCCGCAAACAGAAUUUUGAUAUUAUUGAUUCUGACAAAAUUGUUGAAGUUCAGUAAUGAAGAGGCUGGCUACUUUGAAUGAUGAUCUCAUUACCGAUAGCUCAGUGUAUGUAAGACAAUAUCAUAUCUUCUAUAUAUUUACAGUUCGUAAUCUUUAUUACAAAGAAUUAUAUUUCAUAGGAUUUUUAAGAUUUUACUGAAUGACAACUUAUAAACUGGAACAUUGUGAUGAAUCAUACGGUUACGCAGAAAGCUAUCCUAAGGACUUUUAAUUUUCACAAACUUUUUGCAGUUCAGAAUUGAUUGAAUCGGUGAACUAAAAAAAACACAUUAACGUAUGUGACCUGAUCGUAGCGUAUUUCAUGUUGACAAAGAGUUAUUGGUAAUGGUAUAUACCCAAAGAACUAUAAAUCGUGUACUUAACGUAUGAAGUGAUAAGGUAAUAUACAAUAUAUAUUUUUCUACAUGUCAUCGCCAUGAUAAUAAUGUUUGAUUGGUUAUAUCUUGGUCUGGAAAAAACUGCUCUGUUCUUGAUUGAAGCUGCGAACGCGCUAUCGAUUAAACACAAGAAAUAAGCGUAAGUAAUAGCAGUUUAAUUUAAUGGGACACCAUGCUAUACAGACUUUCCAUAAGACUAUGUUUUAACAGUUACAAAAGCAUAUGAGAAUUUAGGAAAAUACUAUCAUUUAUGUAUUUUCGUUGUUAUUUAGGGAGAUAUUAUUUUUGCAUUUGAUAUAUAUAAAUAGUUAUGCUAUUUUCAUAGUACACUUGGAAACAAAACCACCGAUAUAUUAGAGAAAUUUAACGCAUAUUCAGAGAUUUAAAUUGCUUACGAGAAACAUGGGGAGACUCAGGCUUAAUGAAAAAUUAUGAAAUUAAUGAAACGACGUGCUAUGUGUAAUGUUUCUAGAAAACAUCAAAAUUAAGAUCUUUUUCAUGCAAACAUUAAUUCCGAUAUUUGAAAAACAAGCCCUUGACUAAAGUACUCUGAGUAAAUAAACACUUCAGAAGAUGCAAUCAGUGAAGAAGCCCACGUAUAUGAAGAUAAUUUAUAUAAACCGUAAAUUCAUAAAUAACUAGAGAUUGAUGACUACAUACACUUAUUUCCCUUUAGGGCUCAGGUUAAACCUAUUUCAUCAAUCAAGACCUAGUUAUCUUUACCAUAUCCUCAGAAUAUCUUGGUGCUUGCUUGUAUUUUAUCGUACAAAUAGAUUGAAACGCGUUUUCUAAUAAACUAAUAACUCUUGAUAAUACAACACUGUUACUAACUAUAUAUUUAUGAUUGUAAUAAAUGAUUAAAC